AUUCUAGAUUCUUGAGUUUUCCUGCAAAGCCAGUACUCUAGUCUAAGUAUACAAUUGGAUGAUUUUCAUUGACUAAAAUUGGACAGGAAUUUCAAAGCCAAAGAUAUAAGAGGAGAAGAUAUACUUUAUACUUUUCGAACAACAUCAUGGAAGGGAUCUGGCAGAAAUGUUACACACUGGGCUUUCUGUGAUUUUCGUGCGCAAGAAACAGAUCUAGAGUCUAGCAGUAAAUAAACUUCCUUGAUCGAUCUUUCAAACAAAAACAAGGGCUUACAAAAGGGCCAGUGUAAAGACAGUCCCCCCCCUUCUUCACUGUCACCGAGCAGUACAAUGCCAAGGAUGGUAAAAGUACACUGGAGAUUAUCAGAGUGUCCUUCACGUUUGACUGCAAAUAUAAGAGAUAGACUCGAGUCUUGGAGAAUUAUCUACAUGUCAUUAUGUUACAACCAGUUCACAACAUGGAAUACUGUCCUCGACACAUCUAUGGAACCAUUGUUUUGGCUUGUAGACAACUCAGCUCGGGUCAUGGGACCAAUCAUGGUGACUAUGGUGGUACUUCUCACAACCAUGGUGGUUAUGGUGUUCUACGUUUGCAUCCUCCCUCAUAUAUAUUACCAGACUGACAUAUUUUGGUCUCUCGUCCACUUGAUUGUAGCUCAUUGGGUCUUGAUGAACAUUGUGUUCAAUUACUGUAUGGCAGUCUUCACCAAACCUGGGCACCCCCCACAAUCUGUUCCAGAAGUUGUCUCCAUUUGUAAGAAGUGCAUCUCCCCAAAGCCUCCUCGAGCGCAUCACUGCACAGUAUGCAAUGCCUGUGUACUAAAGAUGGAUCACCACUGUCCAUGGCUCAACAACUGUGUUGGCUUUCACAAUCACCGCUACUUUUUCCAGUUUGUCUGUUUCAUGUGGUUUGGGACUGUUUAUGCUGGCAUUGCUGGUUAUGAUGUAUUCAAGCAACAUUUCUUCGGCAACAAGGAUCUGAUCGUGCCAGCAUUCUUCUUCCCCAUCAACAUGGUCUAUCAUAUGUGGAACAAAUCACAGGAUGAAGAAGCAGUCAACGCUUCCUCAGAGACGAACAAAAUGGCUGACGACGACUCGGAGAGUGAUAUCAAGGCCACGUUGGAGGAUCAGGUCUUGCACAAUGCCAUCAUCUUACAGUUCCUCUUGUGUGCCGGAGUUGCCAUCGCGUUGGGUCUGCUGGCCGCGUACCACGCUCGUCUCAUCUCGCAGGGACAGACCAGCAUAGAGCAGCAUAUUAACAACAAGGAGAGGGCACGAUUGAAGAAGAAGAAUAUGAAAUUCAGAAAUCCAUAUGACUUUGGCUUUUGGAAAAACUGGAAGCUUUUCUUUGGUCUUUCACGGGGGAGAUCAUUUUUCCGUCACGUAUUGUUCCCAUCUCGGCAUGACCCAGUUGGAAAUGGCAUCACCUGGGAUACAUGCACCUUCAAGCUUGACCACAACCGGCUGUUGGAUCUUUUAUGACAAAAAGACAAGUUAGAAUAGAAAAUUCCGAAGUGUAUUAUUUAUUAUUUAAAGAAUUUUCAUUUUUACAGGGAAACUGGUCAUGUCCCUUUUUAUAUUUUUUAUUGGCUGCUGUCUUGGCUGGACUUACACAUCCUGUAAAGAAGUGUUUCUUUGCAUAAUGUUGAACAAGCACCUCAGGGAUGGGUUAGUUAUGUGAACCUCGUAAGUGUACUUGGCUUUAAAAUGUGAGUGGGUGAUUGGUGGAUGCACUGGUGUGGUCCACUCCUUCUUUCCUACCAAACGUCUGUUGUCCUGACCCCU